AGCGCGGCCCGUGACCCCUGAGUGACCUCGGGCACACCGCAGAGCGAGACGCGCGGCGCGCCGGCUUCAACCUCACUCACGGCCAGGCCGGUGGAAAACGGGGGAUUUCCUUCUUUUUUUUUUUUGUCCGACUUUAUUAUUUGAUCUUCCCGAACAAGCUCGACGUUACCCGCUGACACUCCGCCUGGGCGAAUGGCUGGGAUCGAGAAGCUGUCUCCCGCGUCGGGCCCCGUGGAGACCAGGCCGCCGGAAGACGAGAUCGAGGGAGACGAGGAGGACGAGGAGCUGGACGAGACCCUGGCGGAGCGGCUGUGGGGGCUGACGGAGAUGUUCCCCGAUGGGGUGCGCUCGGCGACGGGCGUGACCCUCGACUGCUCCCUCUCCCUGACCAAAAAGCUCUACAGCUUCACGCGCUCGGCGCUCUGGAUCGGCACCACCUCCUUCAUGAUCCUGGUCCUGCCCGUCGUCUUCGAGACCGAGAGGCUGCAGCUGGAGCAGCAGCAGCUGCAGCAGCAGAGACAGAUCCUGCUGGGACCAAACACGGGCAUGUCAGGGGGGAUGCCAGGGAUGAUGGCUCCUGCUCCAGGCAAGAUGUGACCUGGAACCCGGAACCGCGUCCGAUCCUCUCCGGAGCCGAGGAGACGCGGGGAGGGGGCGGGAGGGGGGCGGCACCGGAGAGAGGAAGAAGACGCCCCGCCCCCUCCCUUCCCAGCAGCCCCUGCAGCGCUGCCCGAUUCCCAGACUCCCCGGAGCGGCCCGCAGAGACUCACCCCGUCCCCCCCCCGUCCCGCCCACUGUGGUUUUACUGUAGUGUUUUUACACGCGGGUCGUGGGAGCAGCUGGGAUCGGAGAGGCCAGGAGGAGACUGCAUCACGUCCACGCGGGGCUGUGCCGUGUUCGGGCUGGUUCCGGUUCAGGACGGGCUGGGCUCUGCUGGCGAUGCCUCCAUGAGCCCGGCCCGUCACCUGGGGCCCGGGGCGUUGGGCAGGACUGGGCUGAGAAAUGAACCGGACUGGGCUCAGUUUUGACCAGACUGUCACCCAGCAGCUGGACAGCAGAGCCCCUGGAUAACAGCGUCGGCAAUGGGAUACAAAACAAAGUCCAGUAUAAGCUGAUCGCUUCAAAUGUUUGAUCACCGUGAGGAAAAAACCCUCUCGUGAAUCUGUAGCCCUGAGAGAUCUGAAACGCGAGCGUCGGUAACGUCCUGUUCCUUCACAUCGCGCCUGCACUGUCCUGUCUCCUCUCGAGGGUCUGGCUCUGUUGUCCAGGUGUCUCUGGCGCCCCCUGUUGUCAAUGAGCGGGCCGCGGGAGGCGCUGGUCAAGUCCCGGCGUGAAUAUCCGCGCCUCUCUGACUGUCGCAGCCCCGGUGUGGACACGCCGCCCCUGGCCAGCCCUGUUUCAUACACGGUCACUGUCCCUAUCCCCCCACCCCACCCCCGGCGGUCUGGGGGACCCGUCUACUUCCGUGUGAAAUAUGGAGGGGAGGGGAGUCUGGGACUCUGCGACCGGACUCCCUUUCCCUCUUGUCCCUGGAUGGGCUGCCCAUGCCCAUGUGUACGAGUCUGCUGUACAGGAAUUAAAAAGUGGAAUGUCGAAGAUC